GGGGAGCGGGCGGCACGCUGCCCUCAGCCCGGGGUGGGAGGGGGCAGCCACCGGCGGAUUCGCUGCCCGCCGCGCCCGCUCAGGUGGAAACGUGGCUUCCCGCAGCCGCCGAGCCCCGCGGGCAGCGCCGGGAGGCGGGCGACCACCGCACCGGCCCUCGGCAGCGGGGCGCAGGCCGGCCGGCAGCAGCCCUUCGCGGGUACAUCUGCCCGGCAGCGUGGCGGCGCCUCACGUCCCCACGGCCGCGAAGCGCGGGCGCACCGAGCCCCGCCGCUCCCGGGCCUGCCGCCCUGCGGGACGGCCAGCUCCCUGCGGCGCUUCCGCUGGGGACAGCGGCGGAGCCCGCCGGCAUCCCUGGGCUCCCUGACCGAACUCUCGCCUCCCCUUGGGCUGGUUCCGACUGCGCCCCCGGGCCAGCCCAGGGGCGCGCUGGUCGGAGGGACCGUUCUGCCGACGGGCUACGGUCACCCGCCUUGGCGGGGGCGAGACGGACACCGGGGCGGAACAGCCCCUGCCGCUCCGGAGCAACCGCGGCAGCAGGCAGCGCGCAUGCGCGGGACGCGCCGCACAGGCGCCCUGGGGAGGUGGUUGUGUGGCGGCGGCGGGAUGAGCUCGGUGCCGGGGCUGCAGGCGGACUGUGAGGAGCUGCUCGGUGCCUUCCAGGAGGCCGACACCGUCCGGUUCGAGCGCUUCGCCGAGCUGUGGCGGGAGCGCCGCUUCCACACUAUCUUCUAUGGCAGAAUAAGAGCUUUGGAGAGGAAUAAGCUCACAAAGAAGACUUUAGAACUGGCACAGCAGUACUUCUUGCCCCCAUACGCUUUCCAGAUUCGAGUUGGUGCUCUGUACCUUUUGUACGGGCUCUAUAGUACACAGCUUUGUCAGCCAAAACAAAAGAUCAGAAUUGCGCUCAAGGAUUGGCCCGAAAUCCAUAGAUUUCAACAGGAUCUGAUAAACUCCCAGCAUUAUGACGCAGCAUACAUCUUUAGGAUGCUGCGACUCGCCAGAGCAUUCCAUUUCACAGCAAUGCCAAAGCUACUAAACUACAGAACUAAGAAGAAGAUUCAGGAAAAUGAAUUUAAAGAAGAAUUUAAGGAGCCAAGUAACAGAGUGAACAGCCUCAUCACUAAUGAUGUAUUGGAGGAACUGAUGAAUAUUCAUGACCACUAUCAGAAAAUGAAGUGUGUCAUUUCAGCUGACAAAUCUCAGCCAGACAAGGCCCUGAGCUUGAUAAAAGAUGAUUUUGUAGCUACUCUUAAAGAUAUAACCUUGGAACAUCAGGAGUGGCAGCAGAACAGAACGAAAUUAUUCCUAAAUGCUGAAGAAACUGAUGAAAUGCCAAAUAAAAAGGAAGAAGGGAAUUUGCUAGAAUCAGAGGGUUCUGAAAGAGCAAAUGCUUUGGCUAGGAUCAAAUACAAGUCUUACUCUGCAGUUGCUGAGGCUUCCAAAUCCAGAAGACAUCGACAAGUAAAACUGGAAUCUUCUGAACCAGGAUCGAAUUAUGGGAAAUCUCCAAGCCGAAGUAAAAAAACCAGUAGGAGACCACAGCUAGCAAGGAAAAGAGAUUCUUCAGAAAUUAAAGGUGACAUGCAGGUGGCAAAGGAAACUGUUACUCAGCAUAUUGGGAUGCCUAUAAUCACAGAAGAAAACUCAGAUGAAGAAGAAGUGUCUCUCCCGAAGAGGAAAAGAAGAUGUUAGAGGAUCCAGUUGGAGAUCUAAUCACUAAUAUUAAUUUUAAUGACAAAAUGUUAGUGUUGGAGGUAACACAAAGUGCUUGUUCUGGAUGUCUUUGAACACACAACAAGAAAUGUCUGGGACCAGAACUACAGGUGAUGCUGGAAUACUGGUAGUGACUGGUAUACCUUAGCUGCCUCUUGCUAUGGCCCCUGCUGCCUUUAUUCACCUGGUGAAUGCUUCUUGUGAGAGACAAAGCUGCUGUGCUCUGUUUUGGAUGGAAAGAGAACAUGGUUGCUUGUUGUAUUUAGUUUGUACAAUGUGAGUUAUCACUUGGAACUCAUAUUGAUCUGCAAUGAUGGUUUUAGCUGAGACUGUAAAAGAACAGCUCACAAUAUUUCCCCAUAUGAGACAUGUUUGUAAUCUUUUGUCUCUGAACAUAAAAUUAAGGUUAUUGACUGUUGAAAAUUAGUACAAUAAAUUAUUUUUCACAGUUUACUUGCUCCAUUUUA